AUGACAGUAAAAUACAAUUUGGAUGUAUCAACAUCACGACCAUGGACGUUAUUCAAAUUAUUAUUUCGUUGGCGUGGAAGUGUAUGGAAAUCGGUGACAUUUGAACUUGUCAUUUGUAUAGCAUUGAUGACAGCAGCUUAUGUACGUGGUGAUGAUGAAAGGUCACGGAAAAUGCGUCGUAACAUUGUUCGUUAUUGUGUCUUAUCACAAGCACUUGUUUUUCGUGAUAUUAGCAUGAAAGUACGAAAACGUUUUCCAACAUUAGAUUCUGUUGUUGCUGGAGGAUUUAUGAUGUCACAUGAAAAGGCUAAAUUAGAUGAGCUUCAUUAUCGUUACGAUAAGCAUUGGGUACCAUUUCAAUGGGCAUUAGCAAUUUGUGAUGAUGCACGACAACAACAAAAAAUUGCAAGUGAUUGGUUGCAGCAAAAAGUUAGCGAAGAAAUUAAACGAUUUCGUACAAAUAUGGCAAACUUAUACAAUUUUGAUUGGGUACCAUUACCUAUUAUGUAUGCGCAAAUUGUUGUUCUUGGCGUUCAUUUGUAUUUUUUUGUUUGCGCUAUAUCACGUCAACAUAUUCUUUCAGAUGAUGCACCAAAUAAAUCAAAAGUGGAUGCAUUUUUUCCAUUCAUGUCCGUUUUACAAUUUAUUUUUUAUAUGGGUUGGUUAAAAGUAGCCGAAGUAAUACUUAAUCCAUUUGGUGAAGAUGAUGAUGAUUUUGAAUGUAAUUUCUUGCUCGAUAAAAAUCUUUCUGUGGGCUUAAUGAUUGUUGAUAUGGGUUAUAAUCAACCACCAUCAAUUGAAAAAGAUCCAUUUUGGGAUGGACCUAUUGAACCACUUUAUACUCAACAAUCAAUGAUACUUGAACGACGAAUGAGCAGUAUCACCGGUUCUCUUGCGCAUGUUAGAUUAUCAGAUGAUAAAAAAGUUCAAAUGAUGCCAUUACCGCAUAGUACAGAUUCAAUACGAAAUCCAUUGAAUUAUUUGCUAAGAGCAGCUUCGUUGAAUAGGACAACAAAUGAAAGUGAAAUUGUUGAUGAUAAAGAAUUAUCACGAAAUGAUCAAUUUGGAAAUGAUUCACAAAUUUUUGAUGUCAUCAGUCAUACAAAACGACGAUUUAGCUUAGGUGAUUAUUUCCAUUUGCCAUUUCGUUCCACACUAUCAGCUCGCACUUCACAUGAUUCAAUUAACAUUAUCAAUGAGCCUCAUCAUCUGGAAGAUGUGACAGAAGAAAAUGAGGAUACGGUACAUUCACGAAGAGCGCAAUCACAAUUGAGUCAUCAUCCUCAAAUACCAUUUCCGAUAUCAUUUCCAAGUGAAAAUGAGCAUAUUUCAAAAAUAUUGGAAGAGAAGAAGGAUGAAAUUUCAACUGGUUGAAUUCUAUUCUUGUUAAUAUUCAGACAAAUAAUUGCACGAAAAAUAAGCAAGAUGACAAAUACAAUUAAGGCUAAUAAACAAU